AUGCCCAGCGCCAUCCGCCGUCUCGUCGGCCUGCUGGCCUCGCGGUACCAGCUCACAGUCACAAGCAAAGGCAAAGGCGCGACCAAACACAGCGUCCUCGCUCGCACAAAGCAGACCCGAAUACCCGUCGCCCCAUCCUCUGGGACACACAUACCCACCGAAGACCUGAUCAGAAGCGUCAUUAGCGAGUCUGGGGGCAGAUUGAAAGGCAACGCGCGGCCUGCUGAUCGGUUUGAUAGGGGUUUUCCGGAUAAGAGGCAUAGGAAACAGAAGCAGAGCAAGGCGGGGACGACUGUUACCACCCGCCUGCAGAACAAAGGUGGCGGCGGUAGGAAGACGCCCGCAUCGGGCCGUGGGAAGGGUGGGAAGGGCAACAAGUCGGGCUCUCGCGCACCAGGCACAGGCAAUGCUGGGUCGGCGCCGAAUCCCGCCCAACCGCGUAUUGGGACUACGGUGGGUGAGGGUAGCGCGCCUAUUGGGGAAAGCAACGUGGGACACCGGAUGUUGAAGGCGCUUGGUUGGGCGCCGGGGCAGGCGCUGGGUGCUAGGGGCGGCACUGAGAGUGGAAACGGUCUGAUCAAUCCGGUCGAUGUGAUUGUGAGGGGAAGACGGUCCGGGUUGGGGAAUGCCCUGUGA